CCUCCUCUGACUCCAGUUUUUCUCUUUUUUUUCACGGUGACUGCGGUGUGUGUGUGUGUGUGUGUUCGCAGUAGGGAAAUGCUCUGUCUGUGAGCUUUUUGCUUUCUAUUUUUUGGGAAGGUCUCAAGGUGGAGCCGGACAUCAUGACUUUUAAGUGACCACCAUGCAACAACCAGCGGUGUUAUAACACGGCCCGUCCACCUCCACCUCCUCACCGACUCCUCUUCAGGGGGAAAAAACUGCCACCACCUGCCGACGCAUCUGACGCCAUAUGACCGUCUCAAAGAUGACAUGGCGUCCUCAGUACCGCAGCUCCAAGUUCCGACACGUGUUUGGUAAGGCCGCCACCAAGGAGAGCUGCUAUGAUGGCGUGCCAAUCACACGCAGCGUCCAGGACAACAACUUCUGUGCUGUCAACCCACGUUUCCUGGCAGUCAUCACCGAGUGUGCCGGGGGAGGGGCCUUCCUAGUCCUAUCUGUCCAUCAUACAGGUAAAGUGGACCCUCACCAGCCUCGAGUAUCGGGCCACAAAGGCAACGUGUUAGACGUCAAAUGGAAUCCGUUCAACGACUACUGCAUCGCCUCCUGCUCCGAGGACACCACGGUGAAAGUGUGGGAAAUCCCUCCUCAUGGUGUGCUGAAGAACAUUACAGUACCCUGGAAGGAGCUUCAGGGUCACAGCCGCAGAGUGGGCCUUAUUGAGUGGCACCCGACUGCUAACAACAUCCUCUUCAGUACCGCCUAUGACUACAAGGUAAUGAUCUGGAACCUGGACUGUCCCGAGCAGGUGAUAAAGAACCCAGUGCGGACCAUCAGCCACCACACAGACGUUGUCCUCUCCAUGUCUUUCAACACUGAUGGCAGCCUACUGGCCACCACCUGCAAGGACAGGAGGGUCAGACUCAUGGAGCCCCGCUCAGGAAACCUACUGCAGGAAGCCAACUGCAAGACGCACAAAGCCAGUAAGGUGCUGAUCCUGGGUAACCUGAAGAUGCUCCUCACGUCAGGCACUUCACGCUGGAAUGAUCGACAGAUAGCUCUGUGGGAUCAGGAUGAUCUGUCUGUGCCUUUGUUAGAAGAUAACCUGGACGGUUCCUCAGGGGUCCUCUUUCCUUUCUACGACCCCGACACACACAUGCUCUACCUUGCUGGGAAGGGUGACGGGAAUAUCAGGUACUAUGAGAUCAGCUCAGAAAAACCGUAUAUCCACUACCUUACAGAGUACCGCUCCCACUUACCUCAGAAAGGGAUGGGUGUGAUGCCAAAAAGAGGCCUGGAUGUGAGCUCCUGUGAGGUGUUCAGGUUCUACAAACUGGUGACAAUCAAGGGUCUCAUUGAGCCUCUGUCCAUGAUCGUACCCCGCAGGUCGGAGUCAUACCAAGAAGACAUCUACCCAAUGACAGCUGGUAACAAGCCUGCUUUGACUGCAGAGGAGUGGCUCAGUGGCAUCGACAAAGGCCCUGUGCUGAUGUCUCUGAAGCCAGGAAGUCAAGUAGCAGAGUCAUAUUCAGAGCUGAGCAAGGGGCUUGGAAACUCGCUGGACAGUCGCAGGUCUCAGAGCAGGCCGGGCAUGAUGCAGCUGGCGUACAUUCAGGACCAACUGGCCACCAAAGACAGCAAGGAGGACAACGGUCUUGCAGAGGGCGACAAGAGUCGGACAACUCUUAGCAACGGAGAAGACCUUGCACUUUGCUCUCCUCCUCGGACAGAGAACGAGCUGCUUCUGAAGUUCCACAAGCAGCAGGAGGAAAUCCGACGGCUGAGGGAGCUCCUGAACCAGAGGGACGUGCACAUCACACAGCUGGAGCUUGAGAUUAAGAACAUCAAAAACACCCAGCCUCAGAGCUCACAUUAAAACUGGGCCCGCCAUGGAGUCACCUCCACCUCCUCACGGGACACAUGCAUUACUGUAAAAACGUACUAACCACAUUGUCAUACCACCACUUUCUUCUUCUAGUCCUGACUCACCUCUUUUCUUCUCGUGAGCCCCUCAUACUCACCGCACAGGGGCGAUUUAAAACCAGUAUCACCUCGACUUUUUGUUUUCAUACUGUCGUCUUGUCGAUUUUUACACAAGGUGCAUAUAUUCUUUAUUCAGGUACAUACAUUCAAACACUGAUUCUUACCCGUGAUGUAACAUGUUUUAAAACUCUUUGCACCUGUUGACCUUUUAUUUUUUUCCCUGUUUCUUUUGUACGCUUCACAGCUAUGCAAGUUUAUUGUAAUUUUUAGCUUUUUUUAUGCUCUUUGUAGCCGAGUGAUAAAAAGAUGUUUUUGCCCGUCUUGACUGAAUGAUGUGGCUGUCUGCUUGCUGUUUGAAAGUUGUUGCAGGGUAGUAGCAGACAUCCUGUGUGAUUGUAAGAUAACGCUGAAUUUAUUUUCUAUGCUCGGUGAUUGUUUUUCCGAUAUUUAAACUACUGUAAGUGGAGAUGGCUGCGGUGCUUGUAAUGACAGAUGUUUGUGUGCUUGAAUGAGAGUGAGCUAAGUGAAUGGCUAUAUCAUGCUGUGUUCUGGCUUUCCAUUGAGAUUUUUUUUGUUUUUUAAAUUUUUGAAUAACUGGAAAAUUGGUGGAAAAUCAAUUCUUUUCACAGCAGCGGAAGCCAAUUUUGUAUCUGAUACAAUGUAGCUGCUUUGAUCUUAACUUUUAAUUUAUUUUAAAAUACAUUCAAAGAAAAUACUGGCCAUUCAAAUUUAAACUUGGAAUUGUAAUUUUGGAAAAUACAGCAUGCAAAAUGUUAUAAAAGACUGCUUACUUUUCACUAAUGUGGAGUCACUGUGAAUAAACUUUAAAGCCAUUGUAGAACCGGA